GCGCAUAGUAGGCGAGGUCAGAACUCGAAGAGCUUGGUUGUGAACAAUAGCCUCUGGUGCUCAGAGCCGGCGGCGGCGGAAGCCGCCGACAUGCGCGCCUGCGCAGUGGGACUAAACGGACGCGAGCCGUAGACGCUAGCGCUGUGUGUUCAACCUGCCCUUUUUGUCGGAGGGAGGCAGGUGAGAGAUGGAUGAGGUGCCGCCGCUGCCGGCGGAGCCCGGUCACGUGAGGGACGGCGGCGCGUGGCUCCUGGUGCUGGGCUCCGUAUUCCUCUGCAGCCUCCUCAAAAUCCUCCUGCCUUCCUGCUCCUCCGUCAUAUCAAGGUUACUACAAAAGGAUGCUGAGCAAGAAUCUCAGAUGAGAUCUGAAAUUCAGAACAUGAAGCAAGAACUUUCUACCAUAAGUAUGAUGGAUGAAUUUGCCAGAUAUGCCCGACUGGAAAGGAAGAUUAACAAAAUGACUGACAAGCUUAAGACUCAUGUGAAAACACGAACUGCUCAACUGGCCAAAAUAAAAUGGGUUAUAAAUAUUGUGUUCUACAUCUUGCAAGCUGCCUUAAUGAUCUCACUAAUUUGGAAGUAUUACUCAGAACCAGUAACUGUGCUCCCAAGCAAAUGGUUAGCUCCGUUAGAACGUUUAGUGGCUUUUCCAACAGGAGUGGCAGGUGGUGUUGGCAUUACAUCUUGGUUAGUGGUUUGCAACAAAGUUGUGGCAAUUAUGCUUCACCCUUUCAGCUGAGAGACAAUCCAUUUUCAGCAGCAUUCCUAUCAUCACCAUGUUUUCAAAAGUGUUCUGUUUCUUAAUCAAAGGCAACAUAUAUAUGCCUUUCAACAUCUGUACUGUGAUAAGCCAAUGAAAGGGGAAGGGUUUAGGAUCAAAUAAUAAAGCCCACAUAAUUUA